AUGGCGGCCGUGGAAGGCGAGAAGAAGAUGAUCACGCUCAAGAGCUCAGACGGUCAAGAGUUCGACGUCGAGGAGGCGGUAGCCAUGGAGUCGCAGACCAUCCGCCACAUGAUCGAGGAUGACUGCGCCGACAAUGACAUCCCGCUCCCCAACGUCGACUCAAAGAUCCUCUCCAAGGUCAUUGAGUACUGCAAGAAGCACGUCCAGGCCAGCCCCAAACCGGCUGACUCCGGCGCCGUCACUGACGCCAACUCCUCCACCUCCACUGCAGCCGCCGCCCCCGCCGAGGACCUCAAGAGCUUUGACGCUGAGUUUGUCAAGGUCGACCGGGCCACCCUCUUCGACCUCAUCCUGGCUGCAAACUACCUCAACAUCAAGGGAUUGCUCGACCUUACUUGCCAGACUGUUGCCGACAUGAUCAAGGACAAUACUCCGGAGGAGAUCCGCAAGAUUUUUAACAUCAAGAAUGAUUUCACACCCGAGGAGGAGGCGGAGGUCCGCAAGGAGAACCAGUGGGCUUUUGAGUGA